AGCAUGCUUGAGAGUGGUGGGAAAUGUACCGGAUGUCAGUGAAGCAUUGAUCACAUGUGUGACUGCUGCGGCUACUGUAGGAGCAAUAGCUUGGAGCAGCUUAGUCGGAAUGGGGUCAAGUGGGCAUGUAGUAGGGCGGCUGCACAUGAGAAGCUUGGACACACAGUUCUCAGUGAGAGGGGAAAAAGAGGAAAAUGAAACAGUAGGGCCUGAGAUGGUUGGACUACAAGGAGUUUGUGGUAGUGAAUGUUCAGGAGUGACCAGUUGAGUAAACUGUUUGCUUAUAGCUGCCACUUUGUCAGUGAAGAAUGAGGCAAACGUGUCAGCAGAUUGUUGGUAGGAGGUGGAGACGAAGGGUUGAGCAGAGUUUUGAAUGUCGAAAAUAGUUUCUGAGAGUCAUAAUAAUACCAAAUAAUAUCUCAUAUAUUUAAAUCAUAUGUACAGUAUUAUGUGUCACGUGACCUUUUCUUAUAGCAUGGUCUUUUGUUUAUCCCAAUUUUUAUUUUAUUUGCUUAUCCCAAUUUUACUGUGUAGUGUCUACGAUUUUAUAACAAAUAAAUAAAUUAAAUGAAAAAUAUCUUAGAAGCCUAGAUCAUGAUUUAAAUAAAUAAAGUGAACAACGUUACGUUUCUUAAUUCCCAAACUUUUAUUUCUUUACCAGAAAAUUCCCAAUUAUUUGUCUUUUUUAAAUUUCUUUUAACAUUAUGAUUGAAAACACCAGAUUGCAUCAUUAAACUCCUCAAAAUAGCUGGACCAUAUUGAUUUUUCUUUUCUGGGCACGCUAGUCCUAAAUCUUUCUCAGCAGGGGUGAAGAACCAAUGAGAACAUUUCAUCCAACAAUAUUUUAAUGAGUGAGUUAGCUCUGGAAACAGACCACGUGGACUAAUCUGACAGUUGUGGGCGUCCUCUCUGAACGCUCGUUGUUUCUAAUUUUUGACAAGACGGAGUGAAUAUGUCACGUCUCCCCCCUCCUUCCAGCCCUCUCCUCCCUUAAAUCCACUUGAGGAGGCAGUUUGGCAGAGAGAGGCGCGCGGCGUGCUUUUGGAGACGUCUUUGGAUGGUUUACGCAUGACGCAACAAGAAAGCUGAAAACCUCCAUUCACGCACACGGGACAGCUGGGAUGCUGUUAAUUCUUCUUUAAUCGAAUUCCACCUUUUUCCAGACGCUAGAAAAUAUUUAAUUAUUUAUUUAUUCAUUUUUCUUUUUUGUGGUUGUUCUUUGCUGUCGGAUUCUGUCUGGCGCAGAGAUCACAGAAAGAGGGGAUGAUCCCGCCAGCUAACGCAGUUCAGGACGAGAGUCAGGACAAAGAGGACGAACGGGACCAGGAUGAGACUCCCAAAUCCCCGACGACGAGCGCGAGCCGGCAGGAAACCAAGAAUACUGUGAGACCUGAGCAUCACAAGCGCAAGCUGCAGAGACUCAAGCGCUCCUUGUCCUUCAAGACCAAGAGCAUCCGCAGCAAGAGCGCUGACAACUUCUUCCGAAACAGCAGCGAGAACAAGACGGGGCUCCUCUCUGAUGUGAGCAGCAGUACGGGCCAUCUCUGCAACAUCGGGAUGGCCCCGCCACACACCACCCACCUCCCCAUCCCUCCGGUGCCCCCGGCCAUUCCCUGCGCUCCCCCUCCCACGUCGCGCUCCCAGGCUCGCAACCCGCUGCAGGUAGACUCGGCCGGACACUGCUUUAUGGAGCACAUCUUCAAGAAGCCCACCUUCUGCGACGUCUGCAACCACAUGAUUGUAGGCACAACAGCCAAGCACGUGGUGUUUCUGGCGGGAAACACGGCGAAGCACGGCCUUCGCUGCAAAGCUUGCAAGAUGAGCCUGCAUCACAAAUGCGAGAAUGGAGUCGGGCAGCAGCGCUGCAUGGGGAAACUGCCUAAAGGUUUUCGGCGGUACUACAGCUCUCCGCUACUGAACCAGGAGCAGUAUGGCUGCAUCAAAGAAGUCAUGCCCAUCGCUUGUGGGAAUAAGGUGGAUCCAGUUUAUGAAGCCCUGAGGUUCGGGACAUCGCUGGCACAAAAGGCCAAGAGGGCCAGCGGCUCCGAGUCGCCACACAGAAACUCAACUAGUGACUUGGACAACGUUCCAGAGGAAGUUGUGGCUCACUGCAGUCGGCGGGAGCUGUUGAGAAAACACAGUGACGACGUCUUUGUGGUCAUUGAAAAUGGAACGGAGCGUUACCACCUGCCAGAGAGGAAAGCUGAUGAUUUAUCGAGCAGGAGACAGAAUCUUACUGAUGGAUGAUUCCAACGAUGACUGGUGGAAGGGAAUAAUUGAGGACAGGAUUGGUUACUUCCCAGCAGCCUUUGCUCAGCAGCUGGAGGACGGAGACCAGGUCUUCAGGUGCAACAGGACGUUCAUCGGCUGUAAAGAACAGGGACAGAUCACCCUGAAGGAGGGCCAGAUCUGUGCGAGCGGCGAAAACGAGCGCGGUGGCUUCAUCAGAGUAGCGAGUGGAAAAAAGAGAGGUUUUGUCCCCUGUGAUGUCCUGGAGAUCAUCUGAGACAAAGAACCAGAGAACUGAGGACAAACGGGUAAGAAGAAGGAAGUGGGAUCGGCCACUGGGACGCGAGUGGUGGAAGAGCCGACGGCGGGGGGGCGGAGUUCACCUUGUCACAGACUCGUUUAACAGGAGCAGUGAUGGUUUGGACACCGAUAACUCGUGCAGAUCAGAGUCUCGAGACACAAACUGCUUACUGUUUGCACAGCAACAGGUGAUCACUGUGUUUGUUAUUGUUAAUUUAUAUGGCUUUUCUGGGUUUUUUUUGUAUAAUUUAUUUAUCUACAAGUCAUUUUCUUUAUGGAAGGGCUGCUAACUGACUUAAAUAAGCUUUAAUAACAUGAACAACCACUCUCUCAAGUCUUUUAGCUGCUUUUAUACUUUUAUAUGUUCAUAAAACUUUGGGUAAUGCAAAGAGGAACAGCCAGUGUAGUUUUAAUUGGGGAACUUGUCGUCCACGAGGGGUGAUGGAAACACUACAUUAUAUCACGACAUAAGCAUCUAAUCCUCUAGUUAUUCCUGAGCAUCGUAUCUGUCGGUGAGCUAUGUGGAUAUUUGGAGUCCUGCACAACUCUGGAAAAGAGAAAUAACAAAUCAAAUGGGCGUUUGCACGACUCAUUAAUGCAUUCUAACAACUAAAUGAGAAAAAUAAUCAAAUAUCUUACGUGUAACUUUCAAAAUAAGUCAGAAUAUAGCUGUGCAUGAAAACAGUUUUAUGGUUUGUUAUGAUAUUAGUAAAAGUUCAGUCUUUUCAUUUCUUUUAAAUCUACUUCUGAGGAGCCAUUAUUUUGCUUUUUGUUCUGUAAUUAUUUAGACUACUUGAACAUUGGGGGAAAAUUAUCACUUUUUUUAUUUUCUAAAUUUCAACAAAUAUUUAAUAAGUUUGCAAGAUUUCUUUAAGAACGUCCAAAUACUCAUCUAAGCACAUAACACUGUCUUUUAAAAACUUACAAAAUAAUUAAGAAUCAGGUUUAAACACCCUUCAGUUAAUAGUCACUAGGUCUAAUGAAAUCACUUUAUUGGUACCAAAAUACUGUUUUACAUCCAUAAAACUCUAUAAUCCCAGAUUGUUGUAAUCAGAUAAGCAAGUGGAAUUAUACAAGCUAUCAUUAAAUGUCCAAGAAUAUUAUAAAAUAUGUUUUUGGCUAAUUUGUCUGAUUUUAUAUUGAGUUUUGUCAUUGGUGGCUCUAGGGGCAGGACCACAGGGUCAUUGGCCCCUGCUGAAAUCUGAUUGGCCAGCUGCAUUACCCUUGCCCAGUCACUCAUCUGUCUUUUGCACGAUAAUCAGAUUAUAGGUGGAUGCAAUUCCAAAUCCAAGUACUAGAAGUGCAAAUGAGCCAAAUUGUAAUUGUAAUUAUUGGCCUCUUAAUAAAUAUUGUGGCCCCUUGAUGGCCCCCAUACUCGGAAAAAUCCUAGAUCCGUCACUGGGUUUUGUGCUUUAUUGUACCUGAAUGAUUCAUGUAAAAAUGUUCUGUAGAUUAACAAACAAGGAUUCUUCCUCUGAAAAGGAUCUGGGACCAGAAGUAACAAAAAGAAGAAAAACAACAUUUUCAAAGAACAUUUCAAAAUAAAAGUAUUUUGAAACAAGAGAAGAACAAGUCCUCAAUACUAACUCAUGACAAGAACAUUUUGAAGCUUGAAUUCAGAAAUCAGAGCUGCGUAAAUGAAAAAUUACUUUUCUUUCACUUUAUUUGACAAAUUAGAACAUUUUCAGUAAGUUAAAUGUCUUUUACCUCUCAGGUCUUGUUUUGAAAAGAUAUUUUUAUUGAUUUAAUAACUUUUUAAAUGUUUUUUGUUUUUCUCAAUAAUUUAGGACACACCUACAGUAUAAGCAGAACAUACGGUUUUUCUUUUGUUUUGUGAAAUAACAAUAAAUAGUUUAUUCUUCCUGGUUUGGUUUGUAAACAUAAUUCAUUUCUAGUUAUGUUUAAAGGGAUUGUUGGUUAUUCUUAUUUUGUUUUGAUGGAGGAAUUGUCUGAUUAAGUUUGAAGUUUUUACAACAUCAAAGUGCUUUAUACAGUCCUGCACACAGAACAUUUAUAAGUAUAAAAAAAUGUCCCUUUAAUUUUAACUACAUGUUUUUUUUUUCACAGACGGCUCUAAACAAUAUUUCUUUGGAUUGUGAUGCAGUUCAUUUAUGGCAAGAUAAUGCUUGUUGUAGAUAAAUCUGUUAAAGAUUGCUCUUUACUAGAACUUGGCUUUUUUUUCAGUGCCGAUAAACGCUUUCUUGUACAAAAAAGAUUCAAAUUUUUGUCUUUGUUAGAAAGAAAUUGCUGUGUGCAGUGAUUAUUUUUGUACUCCUAAAUUGCUGUAUCUCUGCAUUUUUGUCAGCAAAUAAAAGUUCAUAUUCCUUUU